AUGGUUUCCGCUCAAACGACCGCGCUGGUGCUCAUCGUCGGGCUUUUCGCCAUUUCGCACGCCGAGCCUCUGCGCCGUGUCCGCCAGUCGAACAACAACGGCUGCCAAUGCAUGCCCGUCCAGCAGAACAACCAGUGCCAUUGCCAGCCCACCACCUCUGCCCCUAACUACUGCCAGUGCGCCCCAGUCCAAACUACGACUACGACCACCACCACCCAGGCCCCAUGCAUGUGCCAGCCGGUGACCCAGCCCCCUACUCUUGCUCCGCAGCAGCAACAGUGCAACACCUGCCAGUCCCAGUGCGUCACCCUCUGCCUCCAGAUCCAGUCGAUCCAACAGUGCGCCGACCAAUGCGCCAACGAAUGCCAACCGAUGUGCGACCAUCCGACCACCACGAAUGCCUGCGCCACGACCACGACCACGACCACCACCGCCGCCCCAGCUCAGUGCCAGCCUCAGUGCUUGAACGUCUGCCUUCAGAUCUGCGUCCAGUUCCCAUCCCAGUGCGGCCAGUGCCACCAGUCUUGCUGUGACCAGCCCACCACCACCACUACUGUAAGUGAAAAC